AUGCCCAAGAGGAAGGUCAGCUCAGCCGAAGGGGUGGCGAAGGAAGAGCCCAAGAGGAGAUCGGCACUCUCGUCAGCUAAACCUGCUCCUGCAAAAGUGGAAACGAAGCCAAAAAGGCAUCAGGAAAGGAGAACUCUUCAGACUAAAACAAUGCAAACAAAAGGGAAUAGCGGAGCAAAGGGAAAACAGGCCAAAGUGGCUAACCAGCACACUAAAGAUUUACCUGCAGAAAACGAAGCAACUAAAACCGAGGAGAAUCCAACCUCUGAUGGAGCAGGAGAGAAAGAAGCCAAGUCGGAUUAA